CUACGACGAGGUUGGCGGAUCAGCUUUCUUGGGGCCGUCGUCACUGUAUGACAAGCAGUACGAAGGCACUAAUCUGCACCAACACACACAUACCACACCGCUACAAAGCAGCACUGCCAGAGCUUCUCCCGCAGCAGCCGGACCUACCCUGCUCCAGUGUCGUCCGCAGCCUGCGAAACCUCAUCACUUGCGGCCUCCCGGCAAAUGUUGGGGGCGCUGCAAACAUCCGAACAGCCGCAGACAGGAGGAGCAUCAAGGCGCCGUGACAAGACCAGCUUGAAACAUGACUGAGGGCCGCAAGUGUUGUCUCACCUGUCGGAUGCCUGUUUGCCGUUUGUUGGCAGCAAGGGGGCGAGGGGGGGCCCGGAGCUCGCUGAUGGGCUGUCGUCGGCCGGGGGGAAGGCACUGCAAACACCAAACCACCUGUCAAAAGAAGAGCACUGCGUGUGUUUUCUCUCUGUGUCAGCUACUGCUGAAGGUAAUGGUGAGGGAAACAAGCGCUGUAGCCAGUUACACACAGCCGCCAUGAAAAUCACACACAAAUUUUUUGCGAUACUGUGUCUUUGCCAACUCACUUGUUGAAUCGCGGCUGGAAUGAGGAGACAAGGUGACGCUCAACGGCCGAUGGGACCGAGAGCUCGGGCGCGGGGAAGGUGGGUGGCUGCGGGAUGGGCGCCGGCCAUGACAGCGAUGUCUCUUGAAAUGAAGCACCACACUGUCCAAUGAACACACACACACACACACACACACAGAAAGAGAGAGAGAGAGAGAGAGAGAGAGGGAGGGGGGGGGAGAUGGAGGAGAGAUGAGCGGUUUCCACAUGCGGUUGGGCGUAUGUCUCUUGUGUCUCUUUGACUGACCUCGAGGAAUGCCAUCUGCGACCAGAGUGCCAUGGCGGCGUCUGUCAUGCCAGAGUUCGUCAAGGCAGUGUGAAGCGUCCGCUGGGCCUCCGGUGAGAGCAUGGGGGCCACUGUGGUGAGAAAGCCAGCCAGGUCGUCUUCGGCAAUGCCGUUGGCGCACCCUGCCUGCGCCGAGAGACGUCCAGGCCUCCCGAUCAUCUCCUGGGCCGAAUCGGCGAUGUGUUGGGAUUCGUGUGGUUCGAGGAUCGACCGUGCUCUGCAGUACGCUGCCAAAGCUGCGACAAGAGAGGAUCGAUGAUCCACACGAGAGGCCUCCUAGUCAAGUUUCUCUCUCUGUCUGAAUGACCGACUGACCUGCGAAAGGACGAAAUGUCAUGCCAUCGAGGGAACAGAGCAACCUGAAGCGGUCGUAGUCACCCAAUGACCUGAGACAGCACAACACAGGCGUUGAAAGCCGUUUCCACCACCCCCCAACGAACCCUUUUAAUUUUCCCAUACUUGGUGAACUCGGUCACUUGGGUCCAUUUCGCUUCUAGGAUGCACUGCCGUAGGUAUCGCACAGCCAUGGUCUAAAAUGGGUAUGCGUAGACCGUCACGGUCGCCUUGACGGAGCUGAGCAGCACCUCCCCCACUCCCUCGUCCGUCGACAGAUUGGGGGAAUACCAAACGAUCUCCCUUUGCGGCUCCAAAGUGGUUCCGGCGCCGACGCCAAGAGGUGCAUCGCAUAUCCCUUCCUGCCGCUGGCCGACUUGAACGACGAGAUCACCACAUCCUGUCCUUCCCUUUCGACACUCAUGACUGCAUGCACUCGGUAGCAUGCGCACGCUGCCGGGCGAGAGGCUUCCACCGUGCCGCUCGCCCUCAGAUUGAAAUUAAUCGCCUCAUUCAGCGGUCGCUCCUGGUUGUCGGCAGGGUUGAGAUAGGGGUAGGUGGAAAAGGAAAAGUUGGCUUCCAGUGUGGCCGUGAUGGGGGGCAGGAGAAGCCGGCCGCAUGUGCAGAGCGGGUCCGUGCACGUGCACCUUAGGAUGAAGGGGUUGCAAAGGGGGCUGCAGUUGUCCUGGGUGGCGAAGGGGCGGAUAAGGUACUCUUUGGAAGCCAAGGUGCGCUCUUCGUCUGCGAACACAUCGCCUGAAUGAGUGGAUAAGCACCAAUCGCACAUGCAAGCAACCAACCAAUCGACAUGGAUUGUCUGUCUGUCUUCUUUCACCUCCACAAAUACCGAUGGCGUCGCUGAGUGUUGGUGCGUUUGUAGAUACGAUCAGGAAGUUCGCCAGCUUGUCAGGGGACGCUUGCAGGUAGCCGCAGGCCAUGUGGAGACACAGGUAGCUCACCAGCUUGACCACUGCACGACGAGCCCAAGGGUCCUCGGUAUACCACCACGGCUGCAGCAGCUCGGGGCGCUGGAGCAGAACACGCGACACGGUCACAGACCAUUCGUCGCGAUGAACCGCGCCACUGCACCAUGGCCGAUCGACUGGAUGAGUUCCGUAGCAAACUUAGGGUCAGCAGUCCACUCGCGACGCACCAUCUGCAGCACCACACGCGCAGCCACCAGCCAUCCAUUUCUCUGUCUCUUCCGCCCUCCCACCCCGCCCACGUCUGUCUGCCCUGUCCUCUCACCUUCCUCUCUAGGUUGCGGAGCAUCAUUGGGGCGCAGCCGCUGUGGAAGUAGUCGAGAGCCUUCAGUGCGUUCAGGAAAUUGUGGAUGGCGAGUGCGUUAAGCAUGGCGGACUCAUUUUGCAGCACCACUCGUGCCGUCGUCACGUCCACCUCCCUAAUCACAAUGCGAUGAGACUGGCCCUCGCCAAACCCGCCUGCCUCCUGCAGCGCCUGCACAGCAAACAAACACCAUGGAACGGACACACGAAGCCGCAGAGCUCGUGUGCCCAAAUUAGGAGCGCCCCUCUGCCUGUCUGGUUGUCUCUCUGUCUGUCCGAGUGCGGUGUGUUGAUUCAUGCAUUGGUUACUGGAACGAAGUGCGGGAAGGUCAUCAGGACGUCACGCUUGACGUGUAGCUUGUGGUCAUCGCCCACAGUCGACUCGGACUCAUCUUCCCAGUCGUUGACGAACACCAGCUCGACAGAGGGGCUGAGCAGCGACCCGGACGCGGCCAUCAU